UCCAAAAAAACUUUUCCUUCAAUUUCUGGAAUUUGGGGGAUUUGGGGAAUUUUGGGGACUCUGCCCCUCCCCCAGCGGGUGCUGCUCCCCCAGGGAUUCCCCGAGAGCGUCAGCCCCGACUACGCCCGGUACCAGUGCUGGGACAGCCUGCAGGCUCUCUGCUCCACCCUGGCCGGGUCUCUCUCCACCCGCGCUGUGCUCGAGGCCGUCGGGGUCGGCGACGGCGCCGCCACCGUCACGGGAGCCACGCUGACCUGGCUGCUGCGGGAUGGGAUCGGGAUCGUCACCAGGAUCCUCUUUGUGUGGCUGCAGGGGAGCCACCUGGACUGUGAGGCCAAGCAAUGGCGGUUCGUGGCCGAUCUGCUCAAUGACGUCGCCCUGCUGCUGGAAAUCCUGGCUCCCCAUUGGCUGAGCCUCGGCCCCGCCCUGCUGGUGAUGGCGGCGGUGGCCAGGUGCGUGGUGGGCGUGGCCGGCGGUGCCACCCGGGCGGCUCUGGCCGUGCACCAGGCCCGGAGGGACAACGUGGCCGACGUGGCCGCCAAGGACAGCAGCCAGGUGGGACUGGGAGCACUGGUUUGGACUGGUUUGGACUGGGAGGGCCCAUACUGGUUUGUGUACUGGUGUGUACUGGUCUGUGCUUGUUUAUACUGGUCCAUACCAGUCCAUACUGGUUUAUACUGGUUUAUAUUUGUCCAUAUUGGUCCAUACCGGUCCAUACUGCUCCAUACCACUGCAAACUGGUUUAUACUGGUCCGUACUGCUCCAUACCAGUUUACAGUGGUGUAUACUGGUCCAUACUGGUUUAUGCUGGUCUGUACUGAUGCAUACUGGUCCAUGAUUGUCCAUACCAGUCCAUACUGGUCUAUACUGGUCAGUACUGAUUCAUACUGGUCCAUGAUUUUCCAUACCAGUCUGUACUGGUUUAUACUGGUCUGUACUGGCCCAUACUGCUCCAUACUGCUCCAUAUUGGUUCAUACUGGUCCAUAGUUUUCGGUACUGGUUUCUACUGGUCCAUACUGGUUCAUGUCAGUCCAUAUUGGUCCAUACUAAUUUAUACUGGUCCAUACCAGUUCAAACUGGCUUAUACUGGUCUGUACUGCUCCAUACUGGUUUAUACUGGUCCAUACUGGUUUAUUUUGGUCCAUACUGGUUUAUUAUAGUUCCUACUGGUUUAUACUGUUCUAUACUGGUCCAAACUGGUUCAUACUGGUCUGU